AUGAAAAGGCAAAACCAAAGCUCUGUCACUGAAUUCAUCCUCUUGGGAUUUUCUAACUACCCUGAGCUGGAAGAGCAGCUCUUUUGGCUUUUCUUGGUUAUUUACCUGGUGACACUGAUGGGAAAUGCUGUCAUUAUAGUUGUCAUCUCCCUGGAAAAAAGCCUCCAUGUCCCCUUGUACCUGUUUCUCCUGAAUUUGUCUGUGUUGGAAGCAGGUUUCAGUGCAACUACUACACCUAAAAUGCUGGUGGUCCUUUCCACUGAAAGAACUACAAUUACUUUUGCAGGCUGUUUUGCACAGAUGUAUUUUAUUAUUUUUUUGGGAGGAACUGAAUGUUUUCUCCUGGGGGCAAUGGCUUAUGACCGAUAUGUGGCAAUCUGCCAUCCACUGAGCUACCCUGUGAUUAUGAAUGAAAGUGUUUUUGUGAGAUUAGUAAUGCUCUCAUGGAUUACGUGGAUUAUGGUGGCUACCGUGCAAACCACAUGGGUAUUUAGUUUCCCAUUUUGUGCCUCCAAUGAAAUUAACCAUCUCUUCUGUGAGACGCCCCCAGUACUAGAGCUUGUAUGUGCAGACAUCUUUUUGUUUGAAAUCUAUGCAUUCACAGGCACCAUUUUGAUUAUCUUGCUUCCUUUCUUAUUGAUAAUCCUGUCUUACAUUCGAAUUCUCUUUGCCAUCCUGAAGAUGCCAUCAACCACCGGGAGGCAAAAGGCCUUUUCCACUUGUGCCUCCCAUCUGACUUCUGUGACCCUCUUCUACGGCACAGCCAUUCUAACUUACUUACAGCCCAAAUCUGGUUAUUCCCCAGAAACCAAGAAACUGAUGUCACUGGCUUACUCACUUCUUACACCUCUGCUAAAUCCACUGAUUUACAGCUUGAGAAACAGUGAGAUGAAAAGAGCUUUGAUGAAAUUAUGGCAAAGAAGAGUGGAUUUGCAUACGUUCUGA